CCCUCUCUCUGUCUGUCUGUCUCUACGUAUACACACGCGGACACACCCAUGUCAACAAGAAGGGGCACCAGCGCCUCGGCGUCAUCGCCAACGACGGCUGGGGAUGCAGGCGUGGGCGGCGGCGGGAAGCGCGGCCUCUCGCGCAUCAGCGCCGUCAGGAAGCUCGUCUCGGGCAUCAUCAAGCGGAGCCGGCUCGAGAUUGUGUCGCUGCACAUUUCCUCGCCCGAUGCCACGGGCCUCUGUGCGCGGGGGCGCGUGCGGCUCUCCCAUCUCGGCAGCGGGCCCGUGCCGUUGGUCGGCAUCAAGGUCGCCUUUCGCAACCGGCACGGCGCCACGCUCAGCUGGGCCCGCGCCCCCACGGGCGAGUCCGACGCAGCGCGCGAAGAGGCCCUGGUCCGGGUCCAGAUCGAGCCGCUGACGCUCCAGGCCGGCUCGCCCGGCUCGGCAUCGGCCGAGGUGGACAUGCGCCUCAUUCUCCUCGACGACUCGCACGACGCCUUUGUUCGCUUCGUCCGCUACCUCGUCCGCUCGCCAGCGUCGAGCGCCAGCAACAUCGCCCUGCACGCCCAGGGCGUCGAGGUCAGGGCCUUUGGGCUGACGUUUGGUGGGCUGAACAUCGACAAAAUUGUCACGAUUGGCGGCCUCGGCUGUCUGGGCGGCGCCUUGAUCUUUGACGACAAUGACGGUGAAGAGGAGGAGGAGUGGGAGGCGCUGCAGCAGGGGCGCGCAGGCAUGCUGGGAAAACGGGCGGGGGAGCAGGGCAAGUCUGAAAGCGAAGCUCUCGCUGGUGGCCAAGACGGUGGGAAGUUCGAGUCCAAGACAUGGAAAAAGCGAUGGAGGAUGAGCCUGGGCAGCCGCCGGAACAAGAGCGCAUCGGCGUCAUCGAUGGCAUCCACGUCCUCGCGUACCGUUGUCGAGGACGAGAAGAAGCCGGAGAAAAAGGACCUCCAGAGCCUUGCCAAACCCAAAACGACGGGCAAGCGGCUUGACAUCAGCGGUCUCGAGAUCGUCGGCGGCCAUCCGCAGCGGGGCAUCGAGGUAAAGGCGAUGGUCACGUUGGAGAAUCCGUCGACAAAGCCGGCCGUGACCAUCCAACCCGGCGACUUGCGCUUCGUGCUCUGCGUCGUCGAUCAGCAGGCGUCCACCACUCUCGACGACAAGACGAGAAAUCCUGCCAUCCCGCGAGGCUUGUUUGAGCUGGGUUCCUUGUCGCUCGCCUCGGUCACCCUGUCGCCUGGCCCCAACCACGUCGAGGCGACUGGAACUAUCGCCAUGCCUCCGCCUGUGCCAGAGGGCACAGAUCCUUCGAGCUACGCUGCACGCGCCCACAAGGCUGGGCAGCGCACUCUCGCUUCCAUCCUCCAGAACGAGGCGUUGGAUGCCUGCGCAAUCUCGACAAACUACGACGCCGCGGAUCCCUCUGCGGGCGCCUCUGCCGUCGGCUGGCUUGCCGAGGCGUUCCAGGGUGCACGCAUCGACGCACGCAUUCCUCCACUGGGCGACAGAGCACGACUCCUCGAUGGGGCAGAGGUCCGCGUUGAAGGCUCCGAGAGCGCACCUUCGACUCCCCUGCCCAGGCAGCGUGCCUCUUCGGGCUCCUCAACAAACCCGUUCAACCGACACAUGGAUGCUGCUGCAGAGCCAGACUUCCAAAAGUCGGUCGCGAGGACCACGCUCCGAAACGGCUUUGGCGCCGACGUCCAAGUCUCGGCCCUCUCUGUCCAUGUACGAUCGAACGACUUUGUCAACGACGAGGGCGAGCCGGACCAGCUCACGCUCGGCAAGGUCGUCACUCCGUCCACCUGGCCGGGCAUGGUGCUCUCCAAGGGCGGUCAGCCGACGCAUGUCACCCUGCCCUUUGACCUCAACCCGGAUCCAAAGGUUCUCGUCGACAUUCUCCGCAGGGCUGCCAAGAGCCGUGGCGUCCAGCUGGGCGAUGCCCUCACGUCGCUCCUCGACGAUAUGCAGGACGACGUGGGCCUCAAGAGGAGCCGGCCAGCGAGCAGCAUCGCAGCCUCGAAGCGAACAAGCAUUGCAGAUGCAAAUGAUCCCUCGGCAGACUUGGCCUCGCUCUUGGCAAGGGCCCUUGCCAACCUGAGGGUCACGGCGCAUGUAGAGGCCCAGGCCUCUCUGGGUGCGUACAAGAUCCCAGGCAAGCUCUCCUUUGUGCAGCGUGACUUGCCCAUCGCGCUCUCGACGACUACGGCGGCCGCACUGAUGCCCCGUGUUGGCAAGCCAUUCGUCAAAGCCCUCGUCGACCGCGGUGAGCUGGAGCUCGAGAGUGUCUACGUCCUAUCCAUGUCGGAUCGCGGCGUCAUGGCCCGAGUCGCGCUUCGCCUCAAGAACUUUGGACCCUUGAGUGCCCAGGUCGAUUUCGUCGAUGGCCUCGAAGUCUACUCGGACGAUGGUACUGGUGCAAAGAAGCGAAAGGUCGCCGUCCUGUUCUUUGAGGAGCCCCUCUCCGUUAUCGCAGGCCAAGACGAUGCAAGGGAGGUGACAACCAGGAUUGCCAUGCCACCCGGCCAGGAUUCCAUCGGCGCCUUCUCGGCUUUUGUCUCUGGUCUCAUCAACCAGCGUCUGGCCAGCUACGCCGUCAAGACGACCAACUUCGACGUCACCUCCGGCGGCGUCCACUUUGCUUCGUCGAUUGAAAAGAAGAUUGAGAUUCCAGGCUUGGGAGGCCUGCCUUCGCUCAGUAUCAGCGACUUCAAAGUCGUCGGCGAGGCCAGCGCUCCCGCCGAGGGCAUCAGUCUGUCUGUAGCUGCACCAGCACACGAGAGUGCGCUCCCAACGGCGCUCCAGAUCACCGCAAAGGCGAGCAUCGUAAAUGAGAGUAACCUCUCGCUCCACCUCGACCGGCUCGAGUGUGCCCUCGUGUACGAGGGCGCCACAAUCGGACAGAUUGCCAUGGAAAAGGUCGCGCUCGAUGCUCAGGCAGAGUGCAAAGUCGAGGCAGCGGGCCUCAUUUAUGCGCCCGAGCGCGCGGGCGAGGAGCGGGAAAAGGUCCUUUCAAAGCUGGGAAAACUCAUUGGCGAGAUGAUUGCUGGCCGAAGCAUUCAGGUGACGAUUCGAGGUCAGCGAGCUUGGGUCGCCCAUGGGUCAUCGAAACCAGUGUCGCUCUCCUGGCUCGACGAAGCGCUCAGGACCCUCGAGGCGGAGGCGACGAUUCCGUGGCCCGAACCAAUGCGCAUCAUCGAUGAGGUCAGCGUCGGGUCGCUUGAGGCUAUCUUUCCCGCUCGCAAGGCCAUGCAGAUCAAGCUCGAUCAUCUCGUGGCCGCAUACACUGUGCCGUUUCCCAUCUCGCUCAACAUCAUCGACGUGGCGGCCGACAUCGAAAUCAUGUAUGAGGACAAGGUCGUGGGCAGAUGCAGCGUCAAGCAGGAUGUCAUGCAUGAGUCCCAAGAGACGUCGGGUCAGCCCAAGACCAUGCAGAGGCCAGCAGGCAAUGCAUCCGGACGGAUCAAGCUCUCUUUGCAAACAUUCGAUCUCAACACGGAUGACGUCGAGCUGAUGGGACCCCUCGUGACGCAUGCGAUCGAGUCUGGGCCGGAUGGAACGAACAAGAUGAGUCUGCGAGGCAUCGCCCACGUCACGAUAAAGACUGCCCUGGGCGAGGCAAAGGUGGAUGUGCACCUCGGAAAAGAGCACCCUAUUGCGCUUCCUGGUCUCGACGGAUUGCGCACUUCACCAUUCCAGAUCACCAACCUUGACAUCGUGGGAUCGACCAAAGACUACAUCCUUCUCCGACUGUGCCUCUACCUCAACAACCCCUCCGACUCCGUCCGGGCCCGUUUGCCCGACUCGAGCCUGACCAUGGCCGCUUAUUAUCAAGAUGCCUACCUGGGCGACGUGGCGCUGGGCACCAAGGGCCAGGGGGUCAAUUUCAACUCUGGGCCAAUUGCGAUCAAAGACGUUGAAUUCCGCUAUCGCCCCUCGCGCGCCUCGGAACCGAGAGCGCGCAACAUGCUGUCGGCCUUUGUUAGCGGCAAGACGUCGCAGCUGGAGAUCCGAGGCCACGACAAAAGCUCUGUCAACCGGGCCCUUAGCCUGGCCGUACAGCAGCUCCGUCUCAACGUGGAAGUCAAGCCUCUCAUCCACAACACGUUGCUCGAGUCGAUCAGUGUGCAGCUUGGCAUGAGCGUCGUCACCAGCAACUCGAUCGAUGCAUACUACAUCUUUGUCAACCCCCUUCCCCUGCCGAUCCAUGUCGUCCGGCUCGACGUGGCAGCAUACUACAGGAGCAAGCCGUUCGGGCACGCAACAAAAAUAUACCGUGACCCGCCUUCUUCUGCCUCGUCGGCUUCGUCCCAGCAACCGAUGCUCAGCUUCCCAGCAGCACAAGCGCCCGGCCAGCCAUCGAAGCAGCGCGGCGACCUCGUGGUAAAGCUCUCGCAGCCACUGCCGAAACUCGUAGAGGCCUUCCUCCACGAUCGGGGAAGCAUCGCGCUCGACGUCGAGCUCGACGCUCAAAUUUACAUCGGAGACUACUACGUCCCGCACCUGCCUUACCGCCAAAGAGUGCCCCUGCACGUCACGGGUCUCGAGGGCGUGGCAAAGCUGCUGAAGCUGCUCUAGAUGCUCUGCUCAAGCGCCCUUUCACUGUUUCUUUUAUACCAUUCCUCGGCCUUUCUUCACAUUCAUUCGUCUCUCGUCUUUUACGGGUAUACCUGUUCUGCUCUGUACUAUUCACCUUCUUUUGGGGAAUCGCCGUGUGGGUGUGAUGUGUUCGCAAGGAGAAACGUGUUGCACUCCAAGAAUGUUUCUGAGUUGCUCUCUUGCUUGGCCGUGCCUAUGAGUGCGAAGACGGAAGGGGAACAAGUAUGCUUAUAGGUAUUGAAUUAUUAGGUGAUACACAUUAGAUGAAGCUGGUAGUAGUAAUUGUAGUUACACUGUUCUGGUUGUCGGCAAUACAUGGCCUUCCU